ACGGUUUUGCUGAUGAUCAUAAAAAAUAAAAAAUAAUUGCAGAAAAGUUUGGCUUUCAAGUCAAUUGUGCUGAAAAUGAUUUAAAAGAAAAGAAAGUGGUUUAAGGGAAGUUAGAAGGAAGAUAGUUUUUUUUUUUUUGAAACAAGGACUCAAAUCAAACUUAGCAAGAUGAUGACCAAAGUGAAGACGCAGGGUCUAGUGACCGACCUGAUGCCCAACAUCAACUUGAUGAGGACGUUUGGGCAUUUUGUCUUCAAUUAUUUGCCAGAGAGUGGCGGCAUGUCGCUGCUACUGCGCAAGAUAUACGCUGGCCUACACGCAUUCCUGAUCUUUAUCCACUUCGUCUGCCUCGGGGUUAAUAUGGCCAAGUACUCCGAUGAGGUCAACGAACUCACCGCCAACACCAUCACCGUCCUUUUCUUCACCCAUACCAUCAUCAAGUUGGCCUUCUUCGCUAUCAACUCUAAAAGCUUUUACAGAACCUUGGCAGUAUGGAACCAGUCCAACAGCCACCCAUUGUUCACGGAGUCUGACGCCCGCUACCACCAGUUGGCUGUCAACAAGAACAGGAAGUUGCUCUACUUCAUCUGUAGCACCUCCGUCAUUUCUGUCGUUUGCUGGGUGACAAUCACGUUCUUCGGUGAGUCCGUGUAUAUGAUAAUGGACAAGGAAACCAACGAGACCCUGACGGAGCCGGCCCCUCGCCUGCCGCUGAAGGCCUGGUACCCCUUCAACGCCAUGAGUGGCACUAUGUACAUCGUGGCUUUUGCUUUUCAGGUGUACUGGCUCCUCUUCUCAAUGAUGAUUGCCAAUCUGCUCGACGUGUUAUUUUGCUCGUGGUUGGUCUUUGCGUGUGAACAACUACAACAUCUGAAGGCCAUCAUCAAACCCUUGAUGGAGCUCAGUGCUUCUUUGGACACCUACAGACCUAACACUGCAGAGCUGUUCCGCGCUUCUUCUACCGAAAAAUCCGAGAAGGUCCCAGAUGCAGUUGACCUGGACAUCCGAGGGAUCUACUCCACCCAGCAAGACUUCGGCAUGACGUUGCGCGGAGCUGGCGGUAAGCUCCAGAACUUUGGUCAGAACCCGCCGAAUCCCAACGGGUUGACCCAGAAACAGGAAAUGCUCGUGCGGUCUGCUAUCAAGUACUGGGUGGAGAGACAUAAGCAUGUCGUGAGAUUGGUAUCGUCCAUAGGAGACACUUAUGGUACGGCUUUACUGUUCCACAUGCUUGUUUCUACCAUCACAUUGACUCUACUGGCUUACCAGGCUACAAAAAUUGACGGCUUAAAUGUGUAUGCGUUUAGUACGAUUGGCUAUCUCAGUUACACGCUUGGUCAAGUAUUCCACUUUUGCAUCUUUGGAAACCGGCUCAUUGAAGAAAGUUCAUCAGUGAUGGAAGCAGCGUACUCCUGCCAGUGGUACGACGGGUCUGAAGAAGCGAAGACCUUCGUCCAGAUCGUCUGCCAGCAGUGCCAGAAGGCCAUGAGCAUCUCUGGAGCCAAGUUCUUCACCGUCUCCUUGGAUCUGUUUGCCUCGGUGCUCGGUGCGGUAGUAACCUACUUCAUGGUGUUAGUACAGCUGAAAUAGAACCAUAACGAUAUGGCUGCUAAAUUCUAUGUUUCUAUAGUAAAAUAUUAUAUAACAUCGUCUCAUUGAAAACCACGUAAGCGCCAUUUUAAAAAAUCACAUUUGUAUCAUGGUAUUAGAAAACCAGGUAUGCUCAAAACUGACAGCUAGCAUUUCAAGGUUAUCUGACGUCAUCCUAAGUUGGCAUUUCGUAAAGAAAAAUACCCACGUCCAAUGUUUUUAAUUUACUUUGUAAAAUAUUGUACUUUUAGUAAAAGAUUUACAUACAGUUUUAAUGAUUUUUGUAUUAAGUAUGUGACAAAUAAUGAAUUAAAUACAUUAGUCAGCAAUUCACUUAAUUUUCAAUAAUAAAAUUUACGUCCUUAGAAUGUUAGAGAUACCAAUUUAAUGGUAACACUUACGUCAUCAAGGGCCAGCAAUGGCUUGUCAUAGGAUUGAGCAUACCUGGUCUUUUUAUACCAUGAUUUGUAUGUGGUUUUUGUUAACAAAAUCUCUCAAUAAACAUGCUAAUUUAAUUGCAGGUAGAAAAAUAAUGUGGUCCCAAUUUUUACGGAUUGAAAUCGAGAUUAUGUUGAAGAAAAUCACAUCGAGAUGUGAUUUUUCAAAAUGUUACGUGGUUUUUAUGUUUCUUUAAUUCUUGUACUGUUUUAUUAGUACAGUAAAAAUAAUAUGUUAUAUAUAUUAAGUAAUAAAUACGCGUUAGCUUUACUCUUUUCUUUACCUCAUCUCUUAAUAUCUUUCCUUUCUUCUUUCCUUUAUUUACGAAACAUAAUUAUUCAUAGUAAGUAUUCCAUUAAGGCCAGCAAUUUCUUUUGUCAAUUAGUAAUUGUCCUAUUUAUUGUUUCAUACGUGCAAUAAAGAGCUUCUUAUUGUAUUGUAUUGUGAACAACUACAUCGUCCCCCUAGCAUUAUCUCGUUUUCCACAGGGUCCGCUUACUUAACUUGAAGAUUUGACAGGUCCGCUUUUUUACAGAAGCUGCCUGUCUGACCUUCCAACCCGCGAAGGGAAAACUAGCCCAAUACAAGUUAGGUUACAUAUACCUCCGAAAAUGCAUUUCCCGGGAAUGUAGGUUUCCUCACGAUGUUUUCUUUUACCGCUGAGUAUUGUGAACAACAACAAAUAAAAUAAAUGUAGCCGUGAACAGUAAACGAGCCAUUAACUUUUAUUAUUUGGCAAAUGGUGUUUUUGUCUUUAUCGUGGUUUUAUGUCCAAGAUACAUAAUAGAUAUGAAAUGACCAGAUUUACUUAUAUAAGUAUAUUUUUGUUAUGUACUUACUUACAUUUUUAUGAUUUGUUUUCUUUAGUCGGAAAUUCCAUAUAUAAAAUAAUAUUCUUAUUUUUAUUUUCCUUGUUUUUAGUUUUCAUUAUUGUUUUCGGGUCAAAAAUUCAAAAAUUUAAAAAUAUCUUUAUUCAGUAGGUAACAUAGUUACACUUUGAAUCGUCAAUUUUACAUAACGAACGUCUCAUCCGCCUAAAACUACUGCAGCUUCUCACAACCUGUAUAGCCGGGGAAAAGAAGCUGCAAGAAAAACCUCGGCACAGGGCCCUAGACGUUCUUUAAAAAAAUAAAAACCGUGGUGGAGACCUGGAGUCCUAAAAUACAGGUUAUCCUAGUUUAGGCUCCAGUCUUUACAAUAUCUGUAUUGUGUAAGAACAUUGUUAUAUUAUUAAGUACAAAUGUAAGUUUUGUGGAAGUAAUAAAGUUUAUUUACUUACUUACUUAAUAAAUUACUAUUGUACAAUCCCAAUGUUCAAAUCCCAGCGCGAGCCUCAACCAACGAAUUCAUAUUCGAAAACAAAUUCUAUAAUCGAAAAGAUUUUAGAAUUUGUUUUCGAAUUCAUGUUUGAAAACAUCAUGAGAAACUAACAUUCCCGAGAAAUGCGUUUCUCUUUGCGGGUUAAAAGGUCAGACAGGUGGUCGCUUCUGUAAAAAACUGGACCUGUCAAAUCUUCAGGUUAGGUAAGCGGACCUUUUGAGAAACGGAAUAACGCCAGGAAGAUGACGUACUUACUAUUGUACAGUAUACUAAGUUAUAGUAAAUUAGUUUAUUUAUCUACCAGCAAAAGACAUCGAUAAUCAUAAAGUUUAUACUUAAGAAAAAUAGACAUGUUUUCAUGUAAGUAAUUAUUUAAUAUUUUUCAAAUUACUAGGUACUUAAAAGUGUUUGGCUCGUAUUAAUUUCAUUUAAUAUUUAUUGUAGAUGUUAGCUGUUUAUUAUUAAGUAAAUUAAUAUUAUUACUGUGGAAAAGUAGAUUUCCUACAAUCCUUUAUAAACUUUACCUAUAAGAUAAAAUAUUUAAUUAAUCUAUAUAUAAAUAAUCAAAAUAAACAUGUAAUAAAUGCACAGAACGCAAAUAAUUUAUUUUUAUAGUACAUAUAAUAUUUCGCACAAUGUCUAAUAAUUAAGUAAGUACUUUGUUAAUAUUUUAAAUGUGUCAAUGUUGAAUUUAGAAUUAUAGAACUCGUAUUGUGAUAGAAAAUUAGAAGAGCAUUGAUAUUAAACGCUUUCAUGGACAGAGGCGAUAAUGAUAUUCCAAAGGUUCGGGCGAAGUUCGGUCGAAAUUGACUUAGGUACGCUUGCAACUUUCUCAGUUUGCCAAGGUGUUGGCAAUUUGCGAAGCGGGAAAGUUUCAUCGCGUGUGUGUGAGGACCUUAACCAACAAAGCGGUGGUUAAUGUAUCUAAUUAGAACGCUAUUAAAUAUUUUUGUCUAAUAAAGUGUUAAAAAGUAAAGACUUUUAUUUAAAAUAAUUGUCAACAAUAAUAAUAACCAUAAUUUACUCAUAAUCUGAAAUAGUCCUACACAAAACGGGGAUUAUCUUUGGGUGCAUUCUGAUAGUGCAUACAGGGAUAAAUACCGGUUGGUGUCACAUCACAUUUUGAUUUUUAAUUGUCUUAAGGGACCUCUACGUAUUGGCUUCGGCCCCACGCACGCCUUCCAA